AUGGCUGAAUAUGAGGCAUGCAUCCUUAGAAUCGGAAUGUCAGUCAACAUGAACAUCAAAGAACUUUUGGUCAUAGGGGAUUGUGAUUUGCUGAUACACCAAGUCCAAAGAGAAUGGUCAACUAAGAAUGUCAAGAUAUUGAUGUACAUGCACUACGUGAAGGAGUUGUGCAAGAAAUUCACAAAUAUUAAGUUUAAGCACAUCCCCAGAAUUCAGAACGAGUUCGCUAAUGCCCUUGUGACCUUAUCAUCUAUGAUUCAACAUCAUGACAAGAACUACAUCGACCCCAUCGAGAUAGAAAUCAAGGAUCAACAUGCCUAUUGCUUAUAUGUGAAUGAAGAACCACAUGGUAAACCUUGGUAUCACGAUAUCAAGAAGUUCCUUGCGAACCAGGAGUACCCAGAAAAUACUACUAAUGGUCAAAACCGAGCCCUUAGGAGGUUGGCAAACCACUUUUUCCUCAACGGGGAAGUUUUGUAUAGGAGGACCCCAGACUUAGGUUUGCUGAGAUGUGUAGACGUCGCCGAAGCAACGAGACUAUUGGAAGAAACACAUACAGGGGUGUGCGGACCCCACAUGAACGGGUUCACGUUAGCCAAGAAGAGUUUGAGAGCUGAAUACUUUUGGAUGACUAUGGAAAGCGACAAUAUCUACUAUGUGCAGAAGUGUCACUAG